UUGACACGAGUAUGGAUGUGUGAAUCUGUCACGCGGUUUGGACCAUUUCGUCGCCAUGGAUAGCAUACUGCUGAAGUUGCUGCAGCGGGAAUCAGCAGUUUCACCUGUUCAACUUAUCCAGAAUCUACUUAGGGACCCAUCAUGUGCUCUAGAUGACCGCAUAGAGGCGCUGAAUUCGCUGUGUAGCGUGUUGGAAUCCGACGCCAAGGGGUGCCAGCAGCAUGAUCAAAUUCUACCGGUUUGUGAGGAGGUUAUAAACACGAUCUGUAUACCUUCAUUGAAAGCCGUGAACACAUCAAGGGUUGGCAAGACGAAGGAUUCUUCCCAGCCACAGAGACUGCACGCCGCAUGCGAACUGCUCAUCAGAUGCCUGGGUCUGUCCGGUUCACAGUCUGCGGACCUGAUAGAGUCUGUUGCCCUGCUCAUUGACGCCUCCUUGCGGACUUACUGUGAAGAGCAACGACUGGGUUACGACAGUGAGCACAAAGAUGUUCUGGAUGUGAAGACUGCAGUUGAGGUAAUGAAUUACCUGCUGAAACAUGCGUCGACUCUGUCCACUCAUCACGAAUUUGAGACACAGCUUUUCCCCAGGGUUCUCGACACUUUAGAACACAGUCGGUUUUACACAGAGGGAACCGCCAGCAGAGUUGUUGGUAUUCUUCUUCCAAAGUUUCUCUCCAAUGCCGACAGAUAUCAAGAACGAAUAUCUGCAAUCUGGGAGUUAUUACUGAGGUUAAAGACUGGAGGGCAUGAUGCGGUGGAGAAGGCGUUCCUCCUCCUGUGUGGCCUGGCAGACCAUUUCUUCGGCGGGGCCUGCAGUUUCGAUGUCACCAGUCAGGGGGAGUUUUGGGCCCUGCUACAGGUGGGACUGUUGACUGGCACCAACGCUGUGACUCGGAAGCGAGCCAUGUACCUUCUGAAGAGGGCGAUAGACACCAUCAGCAGGUGUGACAGGACCAUCACAUGCACUGAUGCAGCUACUGGCCUGCUGUUCUGGUGGAGUCCAGCUCAUGCAGCCCAGCUGAUGCCAGUCUGGCAGGACUACAUCCUCAUCAUAGAGACUCUAGAGGAAAACCAGGUCCAUGUGGUGAAACCUGUGCUGCCUCGGAUGAAGACCCUCAUCACUGCCAUGGCAACGGUCCUCCCUGAUCCAGGUUGCCUGCUGCUGCACCCCUCCUGGCUCUAUACUGUCUACAGGAAGGCCUUUACUCACGACAACAAGAACAUCCACCGCUGGGCACUGCUGGACAUUCUCCAGCUGGACCUGGCUGCCUCCCCACAUAUCAUCACUAUGGGCUUCACACAGUUCAUCUUGGGUCCCGUCAUGAGCAAACUGUUACAGGACACCUCGCUCUACAACAGGUUGGAAGGAGAGAAGCUUGGAUCGUGCCCUGUGAUUGGUCAGGCCAUCCUGCCCUUCCUAACCAAGUGUCUGGACAUGCUGGGGUCAGCAGAAAAAGUCCAGUUCAUGCAAGACAUGAUCACGGCGCUGUCCCGUGAGCCGUGCGGGGCCGUGCCGCUGUUGUACGUUACCCAAGCCCUGGCGUCCGUCCCUCCCGUCCCGACCUGGGGGGAUGCCACCCUGGCACACAUCCGACAGGUCGUGAUGACGCACGUCAUGACCAAUAACAUUACUCUGCGCGGGGCCAUCCAGUGUCACUUCGCCCAGGCCAUCUGUAACAUGGCAGAUGUGGAGAAGGUGAGUCUGCAGCAGCUGGCCAGCACCCUGGCCUGUCUGGAGAGGGAGGAUGGCUGUAUGGUCAGGGGGACAGGUCUCUGGGAACAGGUGAGCAGCUGGUUGACUGAACAUGGCGACCAUCUCCUGGACCUCAGCUCCUCACAGACAGGUGACCCUGCCCCAGGUACACACCUGAGCAGGUUUCUACAGGCAGGUGUACAGGCUGCCAUCCAGGUGUCACCUGAGGAAGCUAGUGGCAGUGACUUACCAGGCAGGAGUGAGGCACACAGUAUCGCCAUGCUGCUGCUGCUGGCUGUGGAUGGACAGAUGAAGGGCUCCCAGGAAAAUCAAGAAACAGCACUGCACAGUGACAGCCCUGCAGGUGUUCUGUCUCUGGAGUCCUUGCUGUCACCUGUGGUGCAGGUGCUGAACUCUGCCCGCACCCACCCGUACCUGCCACCUGCCAAGGCAGACAGGUGUCUCCACAUCCUGUCGUGUCUGAUGCAGGAACAUGGCACUUCAGAGAUGGCAAGAGGGUGUUGUGCUAGCACCACCCAGCAGCUAAGCCAGGUACUGCAGUCAUGUUUGGAGGAAACACUGGCAUUUCUUGUGCAGAAGCUCACAGCAGAAAUUACCAAAAUGGCAGACAUAGGCAGAGUAAAUAUGUACACACAGCUCCUCAAGCAGUUCAGCACUUUCUACCCUGGUGGUAAUCAUGCAACAAAUCUGGUGCUAGGGUCUCUCCAGACACUGGUAGAAAGGAGUAUCAGCACCUUAGAAUCCCAAGAUAGUCAGCAGGUUUCUGUGGUGCAGUCCCAGCUGUGCUGCCUGGCUGCCAUGAGGUCGCUGUCCUGUGUGUGUGAGAUAGUCCAGACUGGUCCGGCUGCCUACAGGAGGCUGGGGGAGGCUCUGACGGGGGCAGGCAGGGUACUCAGGCUACAGGACGGCUUUGGGAAACCUGCUGAUGCUGACAGUGAGCACGUGAGUAGGGAGGACUGGGGCAGGGCGGUGUGCCUGUACGUGGAGAGUCAGUGGACCGUGGUGGACUUCCUGCUGUGGUUGCCUGGCAACAGGGCCUGCCACGCCCUGGGUAGUCCAGCAGAACUGCUGACACGAGCCAUGGACAACACUGAGGUGGCCACAGGCAUGGCUGCCAUACAGCUCAUGAGAACAAUGGAGAGGCUGAUUCCUCUGGUGCAUGAGUCAGGAGAGUCCUUGUGUGUAGCAGCAAUGGACUGUGCCUGGAAGCUGGUGCAGGAUUUCUACAGGGACACGGAUCACUUCUGGCCCGUCAUGUACAGUUUUGUGGGCAUCACAUUCCACCCCGCCCUCAUGGCAGCACCAGCUAUGUCCGCAGUCUUCCUCAGGCAGCAGCAGUAUGCAGGUGAGCUGUUUGCCAUGGGCGAGCGUAUCCGAGGGGUGACAAACAUCCUGCUGCGGCACUGCUGCGGGUACUGGGCAGGGGGCUGCAGCGCUGACGUGCAGACAGCUGAGCCAUCCUCAACACUCGCUGUGCAAAUGUCCAGUGCUACAGCACACAUGGACAUGAUCCUGGAGGCUGCCACGUUUGGGCCCCACUUCAAGAGAAAUCUCAGGACAGAGCUGGACACCAUUGCUUACGUGAAACAGCUUGGGAACAAAUGCAGUGUGAAUGAGGCAUACAAAGGUGAUGAGCGGGAUGACAAGCAGGUUCGUGCCUGCAUCGUUAACUUCCUGGUCAGUAUCAGCAGGCACCAGGAGCAGUGGACACCCUUCAUUGAGCUACUUUUCACCAGACUUGUGGAGAAGGACCAGGAGAUGACCAAGAAGGUCCACAGGUACCACCUGAACGCCUACCCUCACCGCUACAAGAACCGGGUGUGGCAGGUGGUGCUCGUCAUCCUGCCUUACAUCUCAGAGACGUUGGCAGCUCAGUAUGUGGACCACCUGUUCAACACGCUCGCUGCAGAGAACCAGAUCUCAGUGCGGUACAUGGUGGAGUGGUGCCUGCUCCUGCUGCUGCACAGGUACCCCAGCCUGCAGUCCCACCUCUGGGACGGACUCAGACAUGAUUCAGACAAGAGGAUUGGCAUCAUGGCAUCCCAGAUGGAGAUCACAGCCCACUUAGGCCUUCUGUUAGAGGACAAACAAGAACAGGAGGCAUUCUUUGACAAAGCUUUCCCUGCGGUGAUGCCCUGGGCACUGGUGCCCCACUUUGCAGUGAGAGUGUUCGCCCUGUCAGCCCUGCAGUGGAUGUGGCGCUACUGCCAGGAGCAGGGCUUCACCAGUCUGAUGGAGAGACACUCCCUACUCAGGCCAUGUCUGGAUGCCAAGGAAAACAUCACAGCCAGUAAGGUGUGGAAAAAGUUGACUGAAAACUGGUACAUCUACAACUUUAGGCCUCGGCAGGAUUACAGUGUAGAGACUAUAUUCCAUUCACUCCCCUACCUGUCUGGGAUCACUGAUGCAGAGUGGAUUUCUCCCAACUUAUUCCUCCAAUCGCCUCCUGCGAUAUGGGAAGACGAGGAGUCCAAGCCCCUCCCCCUGUGGAACGCCCGGGAGGACCUGCGGAAGUGUUUGUACUCACUGUGGAAGAUCAAAGGUCCAGGGAUAUGGAACAGUCAAGAUGACAGCAAGCAGGAAGAAAGCCAGUCUGAACCUCCUGCAGAGGGAAAUGUGCAGAAGAAAAUCAUCACAUGGAGACACACCCUGGAGGAACCCCACCUCAACAUGGCCGACAUGCACAUCAAGGUCGUGCGCAAAGGUCACCUGGUGGUGGUGGCCUCGCUCAUCGACAAGCCAACAAACUUGGGAGGUCUGUGUCGGACCUGUGAAAUCUUCGGAGUGUCCACUCUGGUGCUGGGCAGCAUGAAGUACGUGGAGGACAAAACAUUCCAACAACUGAGCGUGUCUUCACAGGGCUGGGUCAAUAUACAGGAGGUGCGACCAGGUGAGCUGCCUGAGUAUGUGGAGGAGAUGAGGAGGCAGGGCUACUUCCUGAUUGGUGUGGAGCAGACGGCAGACAGCAGGAACCUGACAGAGUUCACCUUCCCGGACAAGUCUCUCCUCCUAUUAGGGAAUGAGAAGGAGGGAAUUCCAGUGGAGCUGAUCCACCAGCUGGAUGUGUGUGUGGAGAUCCCCCAGCAGGGAAUCUGCAGGUCCCUCAACGUGCACGUCAGCGGGGCGCUGCUCAUCUGGGAGUACACCAGGCAGCAAGUCAUCAAGGACUAGAGCUGUGGUGGGGAGGGGGGCGCUGCUCAUCUGGGAGUACACCAGGCAACAAGUCAUCAAGGACUAGAGCUGUGGUGGGGAGGGGGGCACUGCUCAUCUGGGAGUACACCAGGCAACAAGUCAUCAAGGACUAGAGCUGUGGUGGGGAGGGGGGCGCUGCUCAUCUGGGAGUACACCAGGCAACAAGUCAUCAAGGACUAGAGCUGUGGUGGGGAGGGGGGCACUGCUCAUCUGGGAGUACACCAGGCAGCAAGUCAUCAAGGACUAGAGCUGUGGUGGGGAGGGGGGCACUGCUCAUCUGGGAGUACACCAGGCAACAAGUCAUCAAGGACUAGAGCUGUGGUGGGGAGGGGGGCACUGCUCAUCUGGGAGUACACCAGGCAACAGAUCGUCAAAGACUAGAGCUGUGGUGGGGAGGGGACAGAUAGGAGUACACCUGUAGGCAACAGAUUGUCAAACAAAGACUAGAGCUGUGGUGGGGAGGGGGGCAGACACACAAUGGGAGUACUGCUGUAGGCAACAGAUUUUGAAAGACCAGAGCUGUGGUGUGGAGGGGGGGUAGACAUAAUUAAAUUAGAGUAUACCCAUAGGAUCAUCCAAGACUAGAGCUGUGGAGUGCAUGCUGAUAUCUUGUAGUACACCAGGAUAUAGGUCACCCAAAGUUAAGAAACCCUAGAAUCCGAUUUGCGACUCAUGAAACCGUUUCAUUGCAGACCAUCCAAUAGUUAACUUCAGUGUCUACACUGCAUGUUGGAGAUUGAAAUAUAGGAAAAUGUAGUGUUGUCUGUAUGUGAUGAGGAAGGGAUGUCAUAAAGGAGGCUCGUAAGUAGGUAUUAUAAUGUAUAGUCCCAAACACCUUUGCAAUGAUAGGGAUGAAGGAUUGGGGAUCAUCAUCUGGGAACUGUCACCAUAGAAGACCAUUUUGAUGCAUUGGCCGAUCAUUUCAGCUUGUGAUGGCUACAAACUUGCAUAUACUGUAAAUCAUUUUAAGUUUGCUGGAACUCCACUUUUAAGAAUUAUCCAUGCAAGCCUCACAAGGAUUUGUAUUCAAGCAAUCAGAAGUAUUUAAUGUUACAUUCCCGAAUUGUUAACAGUUAAACCUGCUCAGCCAAUCAUCUCCUGUGAUAGACCACAUCUGCAGGGUUACAUAAAUCUGCCCAUUUAAAAGACAAUGUGUUUAAGAGAUCUUCAGUGCAGUACACCCAGGUAUGCACAGUUUAGGUAUACAGGAGUGCAUUGCACUGGGGGACAUUGGGUUGGAGAUCUUUCCAGGGUCGUCAGCUCAUGUACCCAGGUGGAAUUAUGCUUGUAGAUGUUACAUGUUAUAUGACCCUUUGCUGACUAUAGCUUUAGAAAUGAACUAAUAGUUAGGAUAUUAUCAAAUACUUUAUAUUCUACAAUUUGAAACUGUGUAUUUAGUGUCAUAUGGGAAUUUUAAGUAAAGAAUAUGUAUUGUACAGGUCAUUCCAUGCAAUGAAAGUUUAACAGUUACUUUGAAGAAAGUGUGAGCAUUAUUGUUGUUUAGAUGACUGGUGAGAAUAAGAAGGUUGCAUAUGAGUAGGUAGAUAUGUUGUUUGAUGGGAUGGGAAACAAGAUCAGCAAUAAAGUAUAAAUUGAGUAGGCAUUCCUAUCAAGCAUAAUUCACAAUAGAGGUAGGGACCCUCAGUCACCGUCGAAAGGUAGUAGAUACGAACUGAGAUAUCUGACCAUUUAUAAAUCUAUCCAAUUACUGGAAUAACUUUUAUUUUACCUUAGGACAUGAAUGUUUUAGUGUAUGAUUCAAAUCUCUGCAUGCAAUGUCCUUGGAAAUGGUGCGCUCAUUGCACACUUAGAGAUUUUCAUUGAAUAUGAAGUACGA